CAAAAGUUGAGUUUGCCGGCUCCACCCGGACCCCAAAGUCUCCACACCCUUUCAGCCCUACGGGGCUGGCUGCCCAGGGGGUGUACUUCCCUCAAGUUCCCUACUGACUUUUCCUCAAAACAGUUCCAUCCUCUUUUCUCAAUCUCAAGUCAUACUGCUGAUCUGUCAGUACAACACCACGUAUGGGAUCAUCUGCGGCCAUCCGAGUCACAUCCAGUCCUACAAAUCGGACGCCUACAAGUCAAUGGGUUGAACAUCCACAUUUGCGGACCUUCCUGCCAUCCGACAAAAUCUAAUGUUCGACUCUCCCUGGCCGCCUGGUGCCAGUUCAUAAACGCACAUAAUGCAUCCGGAAGACACUCCUCGCUUCACCCACUUUUCCUGUCAAUCUCAAGAGGUCACGGUAGCCUCCACCUUUGAAGGUCUCCUGGCCGACCGGUCCGAGCAACUCCCAGAAUCAGAUGAGCUCAAAGCAGACGCAUGGUGGUUGGACAUCUGCAACGCCUCUGAAGAGGAUGUCAAGGCGGUCGGGCAAGCUCUUUCGAUUCAUCCCUUGACGGCCGAAGAUAUCGUCACGCGCGAGCCACGGGAGAAGAUCGAAACCUUCCGGAAUUACUAUCUGAUUUCGUUCCAGACCCUGCUGUCAGCCACGGAGGGCGACAGCAUGGAGCGGAUAAAGUCUUUGACUAGUCAGCCACACACCAUCCCUGACUCGGCCGGGUUAUAUAUCCUCGUCUUCAAGAACGCCAUCGUCACGUUUUCUCCCAAAGGAUGCAACCAUGUGUCGCGGGUGCUAGAUCGAAUCCACCGGAUGCAGGAUCCGUCAAUCAUGUCGAGUGAAUGGAUCUGCUAUGCCUUGAUCGACGAUAUCGUCGACAGUUUCGCGCCUUACAUGCGAGCCGCGGAGCGCGACUGUGACGCCAUCGAAGACCAAGUGUUCAUGGCGCGGGCCGAUGACAUCAAAGCGAUCAUCCCACUGGUCGACCGCCUCCACAAGAGUAUCACCCAGCUCACCAACUGCCUGAGCGGGAAGAACGACGUCCUCAACGGGUUCGUCAAGCGUUGCCAGGCGAAGAGCCAGAACGCCGUCUUCUCGAAAGCGGAGAUGAUCGUGUACCUGGGCGACGUGCAGGACCAUCUAAUCACCACGCUGACCAGUCUGUCUCACUUCGACGAGAUUGUCGGUCGGUCGCAGGCGAACUUCCUGGCGCAGAUGAGCGUCAACAACAUCCGGCUGAGCUUGAACAUCAACGAGAUUCUGAGCAAGGUGACGGUCCUCGCGAGUAUCUUUGUGCCGUUGCAUAUGAUCACGGGGCUGUGGGGGAUGAAUGUGCCCGUUCCGGGGCAGAAUGCUGAUGGGCUGGGGUGGUUCUUUGGGAUUGUGGGGUGUUUUGUUGCAUUUAUUGUUGUGUGUUGCAUAGUCGCGCAGCGGAUGAAGUUGCUAUGAUCCUACUAACCUAAGGGGCUUGUCUGCGCAUGGGAGACUGAGUUUAGCAGAUUGAAAAUAAUAUGUAAGCCAAUUGGGUACCUGUACUGCAGCCGGACCAC